UUGACGUACUGUACGUGAAUGCGGCAGUAGAACGCAGCAGAGUUGUGCUGUAGGUGAAUACUAGAGAACUGUGUACAGACCAGGACGGACACCGUAGGGCCGCAGAGAUUUUCAGGAGGAGCCCCAGGUGGGUGAAACAAUCAUGGGGAACUCGGAGAGCGGCUGUGGUGGCGGGAGCGGCGACGAAGAAGACGUAGAGACGGAGAGCCCCGGCUUCGCGGAAGAUAACCCGGCCUCAGCGGCCACUGGCGGCGGCGUCGGGGGUGGCGGAGGCACCGGCGGCGGUUCUGCCAGAAGCGGAAGGGGAUCGAAUAACCUACCCGCACCCACCGGCGGACCACCCGGGCCCGGUGUGCUCCUGGAGCAAGUGAAACUAAAAGAAGCCGCGGCUCGUAUCAGCGAAUCGGGGGUCGCCAUUCACGAGUCUGUCCUGUCCGGGAACGAGGGUGUCCUGAUGCGGUGGCUGGAGGACCGGUUGAAUCGAGGAGAGGAAACCGUCAAUGUGGAGCAGUUUUGUGAGAUGUUGGAGAGCAGAGAUGCCCCAAGGGAUGAAUGUGAAGAGGCCUUUGGACAGUUUGAUGCAGAGGGAGAUGGAGUGGUGGACAUAGAGAGCAUGCUGGCUACUUUUAAGAACUUCAAUGGAGCUAAUCUACAGGGAGAGCUGAGUCAUGUGAUAAGACAGCUCCAGGCCUGCUCUCUAACGCCAGGCUUUGUUGACAUCUUUUCCAGGAGUAAAGAUCGAUUAGGCGCACAUGCGUCGAAGAUCCUGAAAUUCUUGCACAGAAAUCGUAUUCCCAGCAGUGCCAUUCCUUUCCCCAUUUUAGAGGGCUACAACAACAUCUGCACCAUGAGGUCCAGCGUGGUCCAGGACUUCUUGGAAUUCCUUUUGCAGAAGGAGAAAGAUUUAGAUAUCCAGUACAGAGCUGAGCUGGACCGUGAUCCGGAUGUGGAUAAAGUGAAGGUGGUUACACAGUGCUACAGCACAAUAGAGGCUUCCUCCAAUGUUACGGACAUCUACAAGAUGACCAAUGGGGAGACUGCGUCUUUCUGGCAGUCGGACGGCAACGCUCGCUCACACUGGAUAAGGCUAAAAAUGAAGCCAGAUGUGGUUCUGCGACGUCUGGCCAUUGCCGUGGCUUACAACGACCACAGCUACAUGCCUCAGCUGGUUUCUGUGUCUGUGGGGAAGAACCGACGCUCACUGCAGGAGAUCAGAGACAUUCGCAUCCCCAGCAAUGUCACGGGCUACGUAGCUCUGUUGGAGAACGCCAACAUCACCCACCCCUAUGUUCAGAUAAACAUUAAGCGAUGCCUGAGUGACGGCUGUGACACACGGAUUCAUGGCUUGAAGACGCUGGGCUAUCAGAUAACCAAGAGUAAAGAUGUGUCUGUUUCGGAUGCUUCAGCCAUCUGGUACCUGUCCCUCCUCACUUCUUUGGUCACGGCGUCUAUGGAGACGAACCCGGCUCUGGCUCUGACGGUCCUACAGAGCACACAGAAAGCCUUACAGCAUAUGCCUCCGUUGUCUCUAACGCCAUCAUCCACCGAGUUCCCCAAGUUUUUCUCUCUGAACAUCCUGGAGGAAGUGGAUGGUUUUCUUCUCAGGAUAGCAGACUGCUGCGUGAGUCCUGAYGCAGAAAUGACCCUCUUAGCCUUUGCCCUGGCCAGAGGCAGCGUGUCAAAAAUUCUCCAGGCCCUGUCCUGCAUCAGUGACCAUUUACAGACCAAGUACAGGGCGUCCUCCCUCAUCGUGUCCAUGGCUGCCGUCAGGCUGCGACUUCUCUACCGUAACGGAAAGCCCCUUCAGCUUCAGCUACAGGCCUGUGAUGUAAAGAGUAAAGAGGAGAAGUCAGGGCCRGAGAACAUGGUGACAGAGACUUCCUCUGGAGAUGGUUUUCUUACAGAAAGCGGGAGGAAGAAAGCCAGCGUGAUCCUGUCGACAGAGGACCAGAGCAACUUCCAGGUCACUCAGAUGAAGAUCAAAGUGCGGAAAGGAGCCAUUGGGGCAAAAUGUGGUUUGGUGUUUGCUUACACGGAGGAAGAGCCUUUUGAUGCAGAAAAACAUUUCAAAAGAUUCAAAAAGUUUGAUUCAUGGUCUUACAAGGAGUACAAAGAGUUUGUUCAAGAUGGUGUGAGGAUUUCAGCACAGACUGAGGACGAACCCAUCGGCUGGUUCGAGCUCGAAGAAGAUUGGAACGAUGUGGAGAUCAAGCUGCAGCAGUGUCGCGUUGCAAAGUUCCUGAUGGUGAAAUUCCUCUGCACCAGGCAGGACUCAGCUGAGCGCCUCGGUGUGCAGACCCUUAGCUUCAGUGGGUACUUGUGUCCCGGGGCAGAGAGGCUUGUAGACCUGGAUGACCUCAGUGGACAGGGAGAGAGCCUUAACCAUGAUGGAGUCUCUGGUCUUUGUCUGCUGAACAAGACCUUGUUCUUCCUGCAGCAGCUAACACGAGACAUGGAUGCUUCACAUCUGAAGCAGAAAUAUAUUCUGGACUUCAGUGGUCUCAGUCUGAAACUCUUCUGGAGCUUGUACAGUAAACUCAGGGAGAUGGAGGUAGAGGAGGUUAUGAAGAGCAGAGUUCUGCUUCUCCAGCUGAUGCAGAACUGUUUCCCCGUGCUGCCCAACCCGCUGGAGCCUCGAGGCACAGAGGAGAGUGGUGGGCCAGAUGAAGGGGCCUCUGCAGCAUCCAGCAGUGAAGAACCUGGUCCUUCUGCAGGGGCUGUGUURGAACUCUACACCCACCUAUGUCAAAUUGUGGAUGAUCCAGAGGGCGAGAAGGUAAAGGAAAAAGCUUUGUACAAGGAAGCAGUGAAGGCCAUUCUCAGUGGAGCAACUGUGUUCUUCCCUGAUAAACUCAAAAGACGAGACAAACUGUUUAACAUGAUGAAAAAUAUAACAGAAGAGCAACAGCCAGAGUCAGUGAUGGUGACAUUUGAAUCACUUUGUAAUUACUUCAGCGACCAGGAUCCCAUCGGCCUUCUUCUGCUGCCCCCUAAAGGAGCCCCCUCUAACUUUGACAUCAGCCCCAUACUGUCCGUCAUGGAGACACUGUUGCUGGUAGCAGCGAGAGAGUGUGAGGUUUUGAUGCUGGAUGUAAGCAGCGGUGCCAGCAGGAACGUCUUGCUGUCCCUGUUCUGGGCUCUGCAGGGCAGUCUGCUGUCCUGGUGCUACCUGCAGCUGAAGGGCGGAGCUUCCACACCUGCUGCUUUGGAGCUGGCCCGAGACAUCCUUCUAAAAUAUGUGGAUCAGUUCUUGGGAAACGUCAAAGCUGUGCUCUGUUCCCUGCUGGAGAGGUACACCAGUACUGAAAUUACUGACAAACUGGGCAGCUCCAUUCUGACCACCGUCUUCAGACAGCUGAUGAUUUUUCUCUUGGAGCUGUGCUCUUUGGACAUCCCUCAUAGUGUGCUGCUGAAGGGCUUCUCCUCUUUGAUUGAGCUUAUYAAAAACCUGUCAAAGGACACUAAAGACAUCUUCUCAAAGGUGGACCAAGAGAGCUGGCACCAACCUCAGAAGCCAGUGGUGCUGAGAACGUGGAACCUGGAGUCUCCUCACAACUACGAGAACAGCCGGCAUGAGACCACCGUCUUCGCCUGUCCCGGUGCCACCUCGUUUGAGGUGGAGUUUGACGAACGCUGCGAGACAGAGAAGAGAUUUGAUUACCUAGAAUUCACAGAUUCUCGAGGUGGGAAGGUGCGCUAUGAUAUGAAAGUUGGCACAGAGAGAUGGCCAAAGAAAGUGACAUUUGAUGCCGGCCCUCAGUUGCUGUUUCUUUUCCACUCUGACAGCAACAAUAACGAGUGGGGUUAUAAGUUCACUGUAACAGCUCUGGGACUGUCGGAUAUCACCAUUUCUUGGAUUUCCGACCUUCAGCUGCUCAUGGCUCGCCUCAUGGGUCGCCUCGCAUCCAGAACCCUGGCUCUGAAAUCUCCUUACGAAAUCCGCACAGUCAAAGAGCUUCCACCAGGAAAAGUGUCUCAUAUUCAGGCUUCCCCYCUGUGGAAACCCAUCCUUCGACACGGUUUGUAUGAAAAGCAGGAAGUGAAUCAGGCACAAACAGUUCCUAACCAGACAAAUACAUGGACUCAUGAUGAAAUAUUAGUCUUCCUGGAGGAUUUUGCACGCUGGAACCCAUCCCAAGACCUGACAGACAGUAGAACAGAACUAAUGAGGACCCUCGUGCAGUCCUGCAGGAAACUACCAAUGAGGAAUGAGAUAGCAUCUGGACCGAAGACGGACCAAGCUGUGAAUGCCAUUUGGGCCACGAUGGUGUACCACACACCAUCCCUCAACCAGGCCCUCAGGACCUAUGUUAAUCAAGCCUGCAGCUCUUAUCUAAGCGAGGAGUUCGUGCAGGUUUAUGCUCUGGCAGACGACAUCAGAACAUGGAUGCUGGAGAUGAAGCAGAGAUACCUUGUUGGCAAAAUGAACGUCCCUGAUGAUGACGAAGGGAGUCAUGAAGAGGUUACCAUGGACUCACUGGCUGAGAUGUGCAUUCAGAAGAGCCUCCUGCUGUUUCGAUUUGCUCCUUGUGGAAAACAGAGCAGUGACAUAUCCAAAGCCCCAGAGAUYAGCGUCGCUCCUCUCCUCCGCUCCAGUUCAGUCUCAGAGGGAGACUUCCAGGCCAGCCCCUCCCUGGGCCCUCACACUGGAGGGCAUGAGCCAGGACAGUGUCAGCCAUCAAGCCCUCCAGCUCCAAACUCYACUUCUUCUGAGUACAACCGGCAGGAGAGUCUCUCAUCUCAGCCGGCCUCACCCUCUACGUUUGCUCGGAAGGCACCGUUCAGGCGGUCCCGCCUUCGCCUUCUGUCCUUCCGCUCGAUUGAAGAGCCUGGCCUGACCCCGUCUGUCAAAGAUCGCUAUCCAAUACUCAAACACAUCUUAAACUUCAUGAAGGAUCAGGCUCUGUCAACAGCCAGCGUUCUGCACACCCUGGCCCUGAGUAAAGCCCAGGCUCUGAGUGUGUGCAAAGUGCUGGAGAUGAUUCAGCAGUGUUUACUUUCUCUGGGACAGCCACACCUCUUUCAGCCCCCCUGCAUCCUGUUUCUGCAGGAGCUGCUAGCGUGUCAGAAAGACUUCACCAGUUAUUUCUCUCAGCUGUCAGACAGUGGGCAUAAAGUUGGAGAGGAGGUGAGGCGUUCCUACCACCAGCUGGUGCUCAUGCUUAUGGAGGCUGUGCAGGGUUUUAGUCUCCUGAAUGAGAAAGCUCUGCUGCCAGCCCUGUCCUGUGUGCAGACCUGUUUGUUGCACCUCCUAGACAUGAACUGGGAGGUGCAGGAUCUCCCUCUCUUUCUCAACAUUAAGCUCUCAGACCUGCUGCUCAGCAUGUCCCAGGAGAACAUCAGCGUUCACGACACAGCCAUCAGUCAAUGGACAGAGGAGGAUGAAAUCGCAGACUACAAAAAGAACCAGGAGUGGAUGGAUGAGUGCAUGGAUGGGAUGUUUGAGAAGUGGUAUGACAAAAUCGAUGAAGAUGAGUCUAUGGAGGACAGGAGAAAGAUGCAUAUGUUCAUCGCUCGCUACUGUGACCUGCUCAACGUGGUCAUCUCCUGUGACGGCUGUGAGAGAAUGGCGCCUUGGCACCGCUACCGGUGCCUGCAGUGCAUGGACAUGGACCUCUGCAAGACCUGCUUCCUUAGUGGAGCCAAGCCUGAAGGUCACGAGGACGAUCAUGAAAUGGUGAACAUGGAGUAUGCUUGUGACCACUGCCAGGGGCUCAUUGUGGGCAGCAGGAUCAACUGUAAUGUGUGCGAGGACUUUGAUUUGUGCUUCGGUUGCUACAACGCAAAGAAGUACCCAGACAGUCACUUGCCUACUCAUCGGAUCACCGUGUAUCCGAUGGUGACCAUUCGAAUCAGCGAUCGUCACCGCCUGAUCCAGCCCUACAUCCACAACUACUCCUGGCUGCUGUUCGCUGCCUUGGCCCUGUACACGUCAGAGCUGAUCAGCGAGCGGCAGAUGGAGGGAGAGUGCUUGAACAGCAAGUCUUUGGAGCAGGCCUCAGCUUUGCAGACGCGUUGUUCCCAGCUCAUCACCGACUGUCUGCUCAAAGGGCAGACCGGCAAAGGUCUUCGCUCUUCAACCUUGCUCGCUCUGCUGUCCUCCAAUGAGUCGGCCUCUGAGAGCGAGCUGGGUCCGGGUUCUCCUGAGUCCUCCCAGGAGCUGAGUACGGCCACCGACACCUCUUCGCUGCCCGGCAGCACUGCAGCUAUCUGCUCUCCAUCGUCUCCCAGAGACAAGGGUGAACCUGCAGGAAAGGAGAAAAAGUCCAAAGAUGUGAACUCUCCUCCAGAGUUGUGUCUCCCCCCAGCCUCAGCAGAGGGGGAGAAGAAGAAGCUCGUUACCCAAGACACCUUAGACUCCACCAGCCUCAGCCAGACSCCAUCUGUGUCCAGCGAAGACCCUCUUUCUCCUGUAGUCCGCACUGCUGAGUCUGGGCCUGGAGCACUGAACUCUCCAGCCUCUGAUGUUGCCAAGGAGAUGGAUGAGAGGCUGACGCAGGUUCUCCGUCAGGAGCACGUGUUUUCAGAGUGCUCCAGAGAGAGGAUCCUGGGCCUUCUGGCUGCCAUGCUCCCACCUGCCAAACCAGGCAGCACGCUGGCUAUGCCCAGCCUGAGCUCCAUCCUGCCACAACUUUUCAGAGCGGUCGUUUCCAACGCCGGCUCUCUGAACGAGACUUUCCACCUCAUCCUGGGACUCCUGGGUCAGCUGCUGCUCCGCAUCACUCCGAUAGAAGCCGACGCUGCCGUCGCAGAGGCUUUGUCUGACAAAUACGACCUACUGGCUCAAGGAGAGGCGGCRUGCUCAGACACCCAAGGCUGGAAGACCACCCAGCUGCUUUUCAGCCUCGGCGCUGUCUGCUUAGACAGUCGUAUUGGCCUGGACUGGGCGUGCACAGUGGCAGACAUUUUGCACAGUUUGAAUGCUUGUCCUGAGUGGAGCACGGUCAUCGCCGCCUUCACUGACCACUGCAUCYGGCAGCUUCCACAAACGCUGAAACGCACCAACCUCUUCACGCUGCUGGUGCUGGUGGGCUUCCCUGAGGUGUUGUGCGUGGGAACUCGGACGGUGUUUAUUGACAACGCUAAUGAGCAACACAACAUGAUCUUGCUCAAACACUUCACGGAAAAGAAUCACGCUGCUGUGGUGGAUGUCAAAACACGCAAGAGGAAAACAGUAAAGGACUACCAACUCAUCCAGUCUCAGGAUUCCACCACAGCCAGUCUGCCAGCGCAGACAGAGAAGCAGGGCUGYCAAAAAUCGCUCCUCAGCCACUACCUGAGCAACUUCACCUCCAUCAUCAGCCACCUCUUACAAASCAGCCAAGAUAAUGGCUCUGCUGAUGCUGUGGAGGCUUCAUGGGUUCUGUCGCUGGCUCUUAAAGGCCUUUACAACACUCUCAAGAAACACGGYGUGGAGCAAGCUCGAGAGGCCAUCCAGCAGUCAGGCCUGAUGCAGCUGCUGGUGAGGAAGUGCAGCAAGGGGACCGGCUUCAGCAAGCUGUGGUUGCUCCGAGACCUGGAGAUCCUCUCCAUCAUGCUUUACUCCUCCAAGAGGGAGAUUCACUCCAUGGCUCAAGACCCCGAGCGAGAUCAAAGAGACCAGGACAAAGAGCACGACUCGGACCAGUCCAGCUGCAGCGCCGAGGACACUGAAACCAACAAGCCGGACCCAUUAGAAGGUCUCGACGAGGAGACCAAGAUUUGCUUUCAGAUCACCCAUGAUGCCUUAAACGCCCCACUGCCAAUCCUGCGAGCCAUGUAUGAGCUGCAGAUGAAAAGGACAGACUCCUUCUUCCUUGAAGUGCAGAAGAGGUUUGAUGGAGAAGAGAUAAAAACAGACGAGGUGAUUCGAACUCUGGCUCAGAAAUGGCAGCCUUCCAGGCGGUUUCGCUGUGAUGAGCGGAACUCCAAGGCCGUGGACACGGACAUGAUAGUGGUGUCCUGUAUGUCUAAACCCAGUCACUGUGAAAAAGCCACAGAAGAAACCAAUGUAGUGGCCCAGAAGCUCAUCACCAAUUCCGAGAGCGACUUGCAGCUCAGCUACGCCAAGCAGAGGCGCUCCAAAAGCUCCGCUCUCCUGCACAAAGAGCUGGACGUCCGCAGCAAUCGUGCCGUUCGCCAGUACCUGGUGAAGGUCAACCAGGCCAUCGCCACGCUGUACGCGCGCCACGUGCUGGCCCUGCUGCUGGCCGACUGGCCCGCGGGGGUGUCGCUGAGCGAGGAGGCCCUGAAUCUGAACGGGACCUCGCACAUGGCGUACAUCCUGGACAUGCUGAUGCAGCUGGAGGAGAAGCCGCUGUGGGAGAAGAUUCUCCAGAGAGUGCUGAAGGGCUGCAGCCAGAGCAUGCUGAGCAGUCUGUCUCUCACCGCCUGUCAGUUCAUGGAGGAGCCGGGGAUGGCCGUGCAUGUCCGGGAAUCCAAACACCCGUAUGACAACAACACCAACUUUGAGGACAAGGUGCACAUCCCCGGAGCCAUCUACCUGUCUGUAAAGUUCGACCCYCGCUGCUACACGGAGGAAGGCUGUGACGAGCUCAUCAUGUCCAGCAGCAGUGAUUUCCAACAGGAUGUUCACAACUUCAGCGGCUCUCCUCAGAAAUGGUCUGACUUUGAAAUCCCCGGUGACACGCUCUACUACAAGUUUAUGUCCGACAUGAGCAACACGGAGUGGGGCUACAUGUUCACAGUGACAGGAGGCCACAGGGGCCGUUUUCAGACAGGCUUUGAGAUCCUCAAGCAAAUGUUGGCCGACGAGAGCGUGCUCAGUCACCUGCCGCUGGCGGACAUCUGGGAGUGGCAAGUGGGCGUGGCCUGUCGUCAGACCGGGAAUCAGCGGCUUAAAACCAUCCACCUAUUGCUCCGCCUGUUGCAGUGUCAGUCCCAGACAGCUUGUGAGCUGACGCUGCUUCGACCUCUGUGGCAGCUCUUUAUGUCCAUGGAAAACAACCUGAGCCAGGAUCCCACCAGCACCACCGUGCUGCUGCCUCUGCACAGAGCCCUCACCGAGCUCUUCUUCAUCGCCGAGGCUCGUGCCACCAAACAGGGAAUCCUUCAGGAGUACCUGUUCGCCAUGACCACAGAUGAGCAGCUCCACAGUCACAUGGCGAUGGCUUUGAAGAACAUCGCUGCCAUCAGCCUGGCUAUCAAUUACCCCAAUAAAUCUACUAAGCUGCUAAACAUGUCCUGAUGAGAGAGCGGGGUCCCCCGGGGGAAGGGUUGGACCAUACCCUGCAGGGGAUACGACCUGACUCAGCUGCUCGCUUUGUGUCAGCGAGUCGAGGGGCGGACAACCUUCCCUYACGUCCCGAUGAGUAACUCUGCAGCGCUGUGGACUGGAGCUGUGGCCGGGGGGGGAGGAGGAGAGGGACACUUCACAGAGCACUUUCCACUCUUCUUCACAGUCCGUCUUUGCCUUAGGUGAAUCCAGUAAAUCAGCAUGUGCUUUCACAGAAACGGGGGCAGCUGUUGGGUUGAAGUUCUUACUUGAAGACGCCGUGCUAAAAGGACAUGAAGUGUGCCAAAUUAGGAACCUUCAAGAGGGAAGUAUGUUCUUUUUUCCCCUGCCUUGUUCCUGAACAGCAGCCACUCUGGAGAACCCAGUUGAUCUUGGUAAAAAAAAAAAAAAACAGGUCACCUUGGUAACUUGURUGUCUCAGCAGACAUGUGGAGCAUCCUAAAAAUACUGUCCAGGACAUCAGAGUCUCAUUAGUCACCACAGAGUGAACCAAAUAACCUAAAAGCUCAUUCCACUCCUCUUUUCAUUGCCCCCCUUUUUAUUUUUGAAUCUACUCAUCUUCUGUCCAUCAUCCAUUCCUGGUUUCUUCUCAGACAACAGAAAGAGAUGAUUUAGGGCUCUGUUUGAAAGCAGGAUCAGUGUGCAGACAUCUAAAAUCUGAUUUGAGGGGAACUAAAGCCAUUAACCACUGCAGUAAACAAAAACAGUUACAGCUAAAUAAGUCAGAAUACGGAACGACUUCACUUUAUCAGCAUUUUCAACACAAWAGUCCUAAACACCUUUAUUUUCAUCCUCAGACUAAUUUGCUAAAAAAUAAUAAGUUCCUGCAGUUCUGGUUUAUUUUCACCAAACUGUUCUGUUCCCCUCAUGUUUACAACAAUGGAAGAAAAAAUGGAGGAACAGGAAGUGUGAAGAUAUUCACAUCACAUCAUCCUUUCUGAAGGCGGGGUCUCACUGGGCUGCCACCGUUGGACCAAAUUAUUAUUAUGAUCAUUUUUCAUUAAAAUUUUAGUCGACAGGUAACCUUUAGAUUGGGACAUUUGACUCGGGGGUUCUGUCAGAGCUGUAGCUGUGAAAGGCAUUGGAGACGCUCACGAUGAAAUUCAGAUAGGUUUGACGUCACAAUUAAUAAAAGAGGAGAGUCACAUUGCUUCUCUACGAUGGGACGAAAUGUCCCGAAAUGUUUUUGGAGACUUCGUCCCUGAACAUUGACGGUCAGCUGAUUGCAGCCCAGUGAGACGUUCUCUUUAUGUUCCCCGGACAUUCACAUUAAAAGACACGGAUAAAACACACACAUGUACAGCACCUGAUCAUUCCUGACGUAAGAACGCUGGAUUUCAACAUCUCAACUUCUAAUGCUGCAGAUAAUCGCUUMAAAGUGUAAUCCAAGUUCUCUCAUUUCUGCGAAACUGUUAGUACUCCAUCAAAAAGACUGUCUGUGUUUUCCUCUUCUUACAUUAGACUUUUUUAAGUUAUAAGAAGCUAGGUUAGUUUUAUACCAAAGAACCCAAACAUUGUGAGCCAUAAAACAUCUCUAAGAGCAUCUGGAUGAGGUGACAUUUAAAUUUAUUUUUAGUUUUUCCACAUAUAGCAUCUUAAAAGUGAAACGGAUAAAACCUUUAGACAUCAUCUGUUGAUUUUCUUUGACUUUUCCUUUAAGCAGCCCCAGCCUGGGCUGCCGGAUGGCUCRGUGGUUUUGUUUACACAAAUAUAAGAAGAGGAGAUGCAUGGCCUCCAUUUGGCUUCCGUGACGCCUCACAUAUCUACGACGUGCCUAUGGUUAAAGAUGAAGCAAUUGUGUUUUAUCUCAUGUUAUUAAUUCUAUUUUAAAGGAGAAAUAUAUUGUUUAUCUGAAGAUUUUUUUUGUAACUUCUUAAGUUUCCUUUCUGGGUUUUUUUUUUUCUUUUUCGCAGCGACACCCGAUUCAAGGCUGCCUGAUUUGAUUGUAAAUAUCUGAAUAUCACUUGCACAGGACUUUGAUAUCAAACCCCUUAAAUAAUAAAAAACUGAAUGCGGCACUAACAGACAGACACUUUGGAUCUGAUUUUAUAUGCACUGCACUCUCGAAGGUUAAACAAAAAAAAAAAAAAAGAAAAACUGCUUGGGUUGAAAUGUGAACCAUUUCUAAUAAAAUCAGAAAUGACUUCAG